AUGGUUCGAAACCCGCAAAAGCAAAAGCGCUCCUCUCCCACUAGGGAACGAUCCUCACGGCAAACCCCCCUGAAGAAGAGUCCGAUUAAGGUUAGAGAACCUCAGCGUUGUCGAAAAUGUCCAGACCGGCCGCUUCGAUCUCAGUGUGAGCACACUGUUGCUGGGCAAACCUAUCUCAAAUCUUUGGAGUCGAUUUCCAAUGGUGCUGAGCACGAGGACCUUGGUCUUCCCGACGUGGCACCUCCCACUCUACCUCAACCCCCUCAGCCCGAACAUGUCACUUUUUUGACACCACCAACAGCCAUCCAUGAGAAUCCAUUCCUGGUUAGCGCUCGCAUGACCCAAGCGUCCCUGGGAACCCCUCGUCGACAUCAAGCUCUUUCUAGCGCUUCGAUGGGCCCGACCACUGUAUCUCCUCAAACAGCAACAGAUGCGCACUCGUCUCCACCUUGCAUGGCUCCAAAAGCAAAUUCUCAAGCGGUUGAAGGUGCUGGUCAAGGGUUUGGAUCAUUUCUAAUUCAUCGCACUCGUGAACUUCCAGAGUUGUUGGAAGGGCAAGCACUAAGCAAACGAUUCAAUGAACAGGUGAAAGACAUCAUCAAUCGGUGCGAGCGGCUUGCGUAUGCAAGUGGCGCUUGGAUAUUUUUUACUGCGCACUACCCCACUGCACGCAGAGAUUUUAUCCACUACUCCUCACCCAAACUUCGCAAGGAUGCGCGUGAAGAUAUUGAGAGGAUCACCAAUGAUUUCGACACGAUAUUUGACAGUCUUAUGACAUCUCGCCGUGCAGAAGCAUACUCCCGGCAUGCAGAACUUCGCGCGAAGGUACAAGAAAAAGAGGAAUCACUAAAGCAGAAGGAGGCUGAGCUCAACGAGAAGAACGCCAAACUAGAGCAGUGGGAGAGAGAAGCGGCAGAUCUCAAGGAGCGACUUCGAGUUGCGGAGGGAAGGUUUGAUGGUUCAAUUAGUUAA